GUGCUAGGUAGGUACUGAUCGACUUUUGAGCAGACUAAAAAUUCGUGUAUCAACUUUAAUUCGUAUUUCUUAAAAAAAUAUCUCCUCGCAAGAGUAUAUCUGAUCGAAUCAGCCAAUUCUGAUACAAUCAGCGACCGACAUAAGGUAUCAGGUUAUGAUCAACUGUGAUCUGCAAAUGGUUGGAGAUGAAUUUUCUCGUAAACCUUAUGCCAUUGCAGUUCAACAAGGAUCUCCUUUAAAGGAUCAAUUCAACAAUGCGAUUUUAUUAUUACUUAAUAAGAGAAAGCUUGAAAAGCUAAAAGAGAAAUGGUGGAAUUUAAAUCCAGCUCGUAAAGAAUGCGAAAAACAAGAUAAUCAGUCCGAUGGAAUCAGCAUUCAUAAUAUAGGUGGUGUUUUCAUCGUCACAUUCGUGGGUAUCGGCUGAGCCUGUAUUACUCUAGCAUUCGAGUACUGUUCUACAAAUACAAGCAUAAUCCUCGUAUGGCUAUGUUCACUCGUAAAAUUAGCACUCAAAAUUCCGUCAUAGAUAAAAUACAUCCUAGCUCAUUAGCAGAUUUUACAACUUUCAAAGCUAAAAGUUCUCGACGUAGUCAAGGUUUUCAGUAAGUAGGCUCAUCUCAUCUCACGAAGAUUCGCUUAACUGUAUCUUACUAACACACUUAAAAUUAUUUUUUUUCAGUCAAACUGAAAACUUGGUUAUUAUAAAUAGAAAUAAUUGGUGAAUAAACAUAUUCGAACGAUCAAGAUUUUGUACUAAUAAAUAAUUUCUUACGCAA